AUGGUCCAGCUCUCCUUCGUUUCUACUGCCGCGGCGCUCCUGCUGGCGGCCUUGCCCCUUGUCGCGGCCGCUGAGCCAUUGCAGAAGCCCAAGCAAGCUGCAGUGCUCGGCAGCUUCACGUCGCAGGGCUGCUUCAGCACCGGCCAAGGCCUCAAGAAGCAGAAGAGUGUCAAUGGCACGGUGAACUCGUCAGCUUCAUGCGGCGCCGUAUGCCUGGAACAAACGAAGCUUGUCUUUGCCAUGACCGGCGACGCCUGUUAUUGUGGUGAUAAAUACCCACCCGAGGUCGACAUCAUUGACGACGCCAAAUGCACAUAUAAAUGCACGGGCAACAAGAAGGAGGCCUGCGGCUCCAAGUCGGACAAGAGAUACUCUGUCUGGAAUUCGGGUGUCAAGCUCGAUGUUGAGUACGCAAAGAAGAAGACCUCCAGCACGAAAACAGUCACGAAAUCAGCGACGAAAACACCCACAGCGACCAAGUCUUCCAAGUCUACCAAGACUUCAAAGUCCACGAAGAAGACUCCUAGUUCGACAACCACCAGUCAGAGUGAGACGACCACGAGCGACAGCAUCGUGUCUACCAGCUCCAGCGGUAAUGUUCCAUCAGGUACCAGCGCUGCGGCACAGACUUCGAAUACUUCCGGCGCUGUCUCAAGACCCAUGAUUGGCGCUGGAGCCGCUAUGCUGGCUGCUGCACUUGCUAUCUAA